AUGGAGUCACUCCUGCUGCCGGUGCUGCUGCUGUUGGCUGUGCUAUGGACACAGGCGGCCGCCCUCAUUAACCUCAAGUAUUCGGUAGAAGAGGAACAGCGCGCCGGGACAGUGAUCGCCAACGUGGCCAAGGACGCGCGCGAGGCGGGCUUCGCACUGGACCCACGGCAGGCCUCUGCCUUCCGUGUGGUGUCCAACUCGGCUCCGCACCUGGUGGACAUCAACCCCAGCUCGGGCUUGUUGGUCACCAAGCAGAAGAUCGACCGUGACCUGCUCUGCCGCCAGAGCCCCAAGUGCAUCAUCUCGCUCGAGGUCAUGUCCAGCUCAAUGGAGAUUUGCGUGAUUAAGGUGGAGAUCAAGGACCUUAAUGACAACGCUCCCAGCUUCCCGGCGGCACAGAUUGAGUUGGAGAUCUCGGAGGCGGCCAGCCCGGGCACGCGCAUCCCGCUGGACAGCGCUUAUGAUCCGGACUCGGGCAGUUUCGGGGUGCAGACCUAUGAGCUGACUCCGAACGAGCUAUUUGGCCUGGAGAUCAAGACCCGCGGCGACGGCUCGCGCUUCGCCGAACUCGUGGUGGAGAAGAGUCUAGAUCGCGAGACGCAGUCGCACUACAGCUUUCGCAUCACUGCGCUCGACGGCGGCGACCCGCCGCACCUGGGCACUGUUGGCCUCAGCAUCAAAGUGACCGACUCCAAUGACAACAACCCGGUGUUUGGAGAGUCCACCUAUUCAGUGAGCGUGCCAGAGAACUCACCUCCCAACACUCCCGUCAUCCGUCUCAAUGCUACGGACCCAGACGAAGGCACCAAUGGCCAGGUGGUCUACUCAUUUUACGGCUAUGUCAAUGACCGCACUAGAGAGCUCUUCCAGAUCGACCCGCACAGCGGCCUGGUCACCGUCACCGGUGCCCUAGACUAUGAAGAAGGCCACGUUUAUGAACUGGAUGUGCAGGCCAAGGACCUGGGGCCCAACUCCAUCCCGGCACACUGCAAGGUCACCGUCAGCGUUCUGGACACCAACGACAACCCGCCGGUCAUCAACCUGCUGUCGGUAAACAGCGAGCUGGUGGAGGUGAGCGAGAGCGCCCCCCCGGGCUACGUGAUUGCACUGGUGCGGGUGUCUGAUCGAGAUUCUGGCCUCAAUGGGCGCGUGCAGUGCCGUUUGCUGGGCAACGUGCCCUUUCGGCUGCAGGAGUAUGAGAGCUUCUCCACUAUCCUGGUGGACGGACGCCUGGACCGCGAGCAGCAUGACCAGUACAACCUCACCAUCCAGGCGCGCGACGGCGGCGUGCCCAUGCUGCAGAGUGCCAAGUCCUUUACCGUGCGCAUCACAGACGAGAACGACAACCACCCGCACUUCUCUAAGCCCUACUAUCAGGUCAUUGUGCAGGAAAACAACACACCCGGUGCCUAUCUGCUCUCGGUGUCGGCACGAGACCCCGACCUGGGUCUCAAUGGCAGUGUUUCCUAUCAGAUCGUGCCGUCACAGGUGCGAGACAUGCCUGUCUUCACCUAUGUCUCCAUCAACCCCAACUCGGGUGAUAUCUAUGCGCUGCGAUCCUUCAACCAUGAGCAGACCAAGGCAUUUGAAUUCAAGGUGCUGGCCAAGGACGGCGGCCUGCCCUCGCUGCAGAGCAAUGCCACUGUUCGAGUCAUCAUCCUCGACGUCAAUGACAAUACCCCAGUCAUCACCGCCCCGCCGCUAAUCAACGGCACCGCGGAAGUCUACAUCCCCCGCAACUCAGGCAUAGGCUACCUGGUGACCGUUGUCAAAGCAGAUGACUACGACGAGGGAGAGAAUGGCCGGGUCACCUAUGACAUGACAGAGGGCGACCGCGGUUUCUUUGAGAUAGACCAGAUCAAUGGCGAAGUCAGAACCACUCGCACCUUCAGCGAGAGCUCCAAGGCUUCCUAUGAGCUUAUUGUGGUGGCCCACGACCACGGCAAGACGUCUCUUUCCGCCUCUGCGCUCGUCCUAAUCUACCUGUCCCCUGCUCUCGACGCCCAAGAGUCGAUGGGCUCGGUGAACUUGUCUCUGAUUUUCAUUAUCGCCCUGGGCUCCAUUGCUGGCAUCCUCUUUGUCACUAUGAUCUUCGUGGCGAUCAAGUGCAAGAGAGACAACAAAGAGAUCCGGACCUACAACUGCAGUAAUUGUUUAACCAUCACUUGUCUCCUCGGCUGUUUUAUAAAAGGACAAAACAGCAAGUGUCUGCAUUGCAUCUCGGUUUCUCCCAUUAGCGAGGAGCAAGACAAAAAGGCUGAGGAGAAAGUGAGCCUAAGGGGAAAGAGAAUCGCUGAGUACUCCUAUGGUCAUCAAAAGAAAUCAAGCAAGAAGAAAAAAAUCAGUAAGAAUGACAUCCGCCUGGUACCCCGGGAUGUGGAGGAGACAGACAAGAUGAAUGUUGUCAGUUGCUCCUCCCUGACCUCCUCUCUCAACUAUUUCGACUACCACCAGCAGACCCUUCCUCUGGGCUGCCGCCGCUCUGAGAGCACUUUCCUGAACGUGGAGAACCAGAAUACCCGCAAUACCAGCGCCAACCACAUCUACCAUCACUCUUUCAACAGCCAGGGCCCCCAGCAACCAGACCUGAUCAUCAAUGGCAUGCCUCUGCCCGAGACUGAAAAUUAUUCCUUUGACUCCAACUACGUGAACAGCCGAGCCCAUUUAAUCAAAAGCAGCUCCACCUUCAAGGACUUAGAGGGCAACAGCCUAAAGGAUAGCGGCCAUGAGGAGAGUGACCAGACCGACAGUGAACAUGAUAUCCAGCGGAGCCUGUAUUGUGACACAGCGGUCAAUGAUGUGCUGAACACCAGUGUGACCUCCAUGGGAUCUCAGAUGCCUGACCAUGAUCAGAAUGAAGGAUUUCAUUGCAGGGAAGAAUGCCGGAUUCUUGGCCACUCUGACAGGUGCUGGAUGCCCCGGAAUCCCAUGCCCACCUGCUCCAAGUCCCCUGAACAUGUGAGGAACAUCAUCACGCUGUCCAUUGAAGCUACUGCUGCUGAUGUUGAAGCUUAUGACGACUGCGGCCCCACCAAGCGGACUUUCGCAACCUUUGGAAAGGAUGUCAGCGACCACCCAGCUGAGGAGAGGCCCACCCUCAAAGGGAGAAGGACUGUUGAUGUGACCACCUGUAGCCCCAAGGUCAACAGCGCUAUCCGGGAGGCGGGCAAUGGCUGUGAGGCUAUUAGCCCUGUCACUUCCCCUCUGCACCUCAAGAGCCCUCUGCCUACCAAGCCUUCUGUGUCUUACACUGUUGCCCUGGCACCCCCUGCCCGUGAUCUGGAGCAGUAUGUCAACAAUGGUCCUUCUCGUCCCUCUGAAGCUGAACCCCGUGGAGCUGAUGGCGAGAAAGUCGUGCAUGAGGUCAACCCCAUUCUGAAGGAAGGUCGAGACAAAGAGUCUCCUGGUGCAAAGCGUCUGAAGGAUAUCAUUCUCUAA